AUGAGCGCAUACAAGAGCUGUCCUUCUUGGUAAGAUUUUAACUUAUAAUUCAGUUUGGAAUAAGUGUUGUCAACUAAUUUCUUGCUCCAUUCGCUUUAUUGCGAAAGAAACAUAGUCCAAUGUGAAUUAUGCGAUCAACGCAUAGAUCUAAACGAGAAAGAGGACCACAUGUAUUUACAUCAAAAAGUAUGUAUAUUAACUCUUAUCGCCUAGAAAGCAUGUCCAUACUGCCAAGAAAACUACGAAUAGCAGAUAUUGGAAAAACAUUAGAUCAGUUGUCCCAACAAGCCAUUAUUGUGCUGCUACUGUGAUUUGAUGAUAAACCAAUUAGAAAUGGUGUAACAUCAAGUCAAAUGUGGUGCUAGAACUGAAUAAUGUCCUCUUUGUAAAAAGCACAUUCAAAAGAAAGGUAUAAAUAAAUAGAGGCUUUUAGAAUUUGAUAUACAUGUAUCUAUUUGUUAAUUACCAUCUCCAUCUUCUCCCAAAAGAGCAAGACUACAACAAGUUCUUUGUGAUAGCUCAGAUGAUCAUUCAGUUCAAGAAGUCAAAUAAAAUCCGUAAAACAGGCGUCCACUCAAGAAGGAGCCCAAAAGUUAUGCUCUAAAGUAAAAAAAAGAACAGAAGGAUUAAAAGUAGCCAUUCUAGAAACCUUUCUUAGAUGACGAUGAAGAUGAAGAGCUUCAAAAGGCAUUAUAGUAAAGUUUGAAUUAAAAAUGAAUUAAUAAAGUUUGUGCGUAAGAUUUAAAGCAUUGCAUCAGCAAAGGCAUCUCUCUCAUCCAAUCUAUCACACACCCAAACCGCAAUUACAACGCAGUUUCAGUUUGCCUAAAUUCUUUGUCUUUAAUCCAAGGAAGCAAUUCCAUGGCAUCCCUCAAAAAAUGAGAAGAAAAAGUUGUGAUUGCAAAGAAUGCGGGCAAAUGACCAACUUUCAAUAUAGAAAUAUGAAUGUCCCAUUUAUUCUUAAACCCUUUAGAAUCAGAAGACAACCAUCUCUAAAAACUAAUCGAUUAUUGACUGCAUAAAAUACAAGUAUACACCUGCACUCCUUAUAUUAUUAGAAAAACUCUUUCGCAAAUUCUCUGCCUCAAAACAAGAUACUCUGAUUUGUACAUCUUCUUCUCAAUUAAUCCUCACAUCUCUCCGUAGAGCUUCAGCAAGAACCACUGAAAAACUUAUUGAAGAUACUCAAGUUCGAAUAUUUGAACCUCCUAAAUCUUGCAAAAGCCAUUUAUUAUAAAAUACUAACAAACCAGAGUUAACAAAGAUAACUUUGCAAAUCCCAAAAUCAUAAAGAAUUAUCAAAACUCAACCUUCAGAGCACUCAAAAAUUAAACUACCUCAAAACCUCAGAAGCUUGAAACAAAUUUACAACAGAAACUUUCUUUGUACAUACUUAACUAAAUAUAAGAAAUCUAAAACCUAAAUCAAUUUAUCAAAGUAUUGA